AGGAUUAUGGAUCGGAAGUUAGCAAGUCAGGGAACAUAUCGAGGAUUCAACCAAUGGUGGGUCUUGAGAGUCCGGUUGAUGAGAGGAGAGUCUCGACGGAGGAGAUGGGAGCAGCACGGAGAGAGGGGUUUACUCGGAGAGCUUUCUGAGGGUCGAUGUUGAGGUCGUGGAGAUAGAUAAGUUUCUCACGGAAGAGAACUCCAGUGUCGGGAGUUUCUCCGGCGAAACAUUUGGCUCUCACGGCGGAGAAAUACGGUUUAAUCUUUUUAAGGGUAAAAUGUCCUGUUAUAACAGGUAGAUAACAUAGAAAUGACGUCGUUUCUUGGGAAUUUAAAUUGUCUUCGGUAGUACCAGAACAGUUACAAAACAUUGACCACGUCGUUGGACGGAAAUUUUAAUUUUAUCUUCCGGUAAUAACAGUUUAGAUAACAUUGACGCGGCGUCGUUUUAGCGAAUGAUGGUAAUAACAGUUAUACAACACUUAAACGAACGACAGCGUUUGGAAUUUUUUUUAAAAUUUUAUUUUUAAUUUUAUUUUUUCUUCGUCUCUCCAAUGGUGUGAUCCCUAUUCUCAAGCAGCUCUAUCAGAAGACCGUUUUUUUCGCAGAGUCUCAUGUAAUCAUCGUCUUCUCUGUCUCUCUCUCCGCCUCUGGUUUUGAUUCUACCUUUCGAAGUUUUUCGAGAGAGGUCCUUUUUAAGAUCUCCCUCAUGGUUAGUAUCCGCUUGGCGUUUGAAUUUGCUUCUUUAGGAUGGGAAGGGUAAAACUGAAGAUAAAGAAGUUAGAGAACACAAACGGACGCCAAGCAACGUUUGCUAAAAGGAAAAAUGGGAUCUUGAAAAAGGCUAAUGAGCUAUCUAUUCUUUGUGACAUUGAUCUUAUUCUUCUUAUGUUCUCUCCUGGCGGCAAACCCUCGCUAUGUUGCGGUAGACGGAGUAGCAUUGAAGAGGUGAUUGCUAAGUUUUCUCAAGUAACACCGGAGGAAAGAACAAAAAAAAAGGUUGAGAGUCUUGAAACCUUGAAGAAAACGUUCUUAAAGUUGGAUCACACUGUAAAUAUACGAGAACUUAUAGCCUCGAGUAAUUCAACAACAGAGCGUUUUUCUCAGGACUUGAGUACUCAAGCAAGUAUCCUGCAAGCUAGGAUAUCUGAGAUACAUGGAAGAUUAAGUUAUUGGACAGAACUCGAUAAGAUAAACAACGUUGACCACUUGGGACAGCUUGAAAUUUCCGUCAGGCAGUCCCUUGAUCAAUUGCGUGCGCAUAAGGAACAUUUGGGACAGCAGCAGCAACAAGCAAUGCAACUCGAAAACGCAAACUUUGUUAAAGAUUGGUCUACCUGCUCGUUGCAAGAUGGGAUUGAGAUUCCUUUAGAACAACAGCUUCAAUCCAUGUCAUGGAUACUUAAUAGCGACAACACAACCAACAUUAUCACCGAGGAACACAAUCCAAUCCCAAAACGGGAAGUGGAGUGCUCUGCGAGUUCUUCAUUUGGGAGCUAUCCAGGCUACUUUGGAACAGGGAAAUCUUCAGAAACAAGCUUUCUUGAUGAACUAAACACUACCAACGGAGACAUCAAACCGCAGCUAUGCACUAAUAAUAACAUUAUCCCAUACAAUUCCAAUAUUAUGCAGAAUGAUAUUAAGCACCACCAAACGUAUCCUCCUCCUCUUCCUCAUCCUCCGGUUUUUAACCUUCCAUCGAACCAGAGAGAGUAUCAUAUGAAUGGAUUCUUCGAAGCACCACCACAACCAAAUGGAACUUCUACUUACAACAACAACAACCACAACCAGGCAAGGUUUGGUUCUAGCAGCAGCUCCUUGCCUUGCUCAAUCUCCAUGUUGGACGAAUACUUGUUUUCUCAGCAACCGAACUGAGAGAGAGAGAUUUGAUGAAUGAUGAUAGAGAACAUCUCAAUGAAGAAGUCACCAAUUUUUUUUUUGUUCAGAAGCAGCAAGAACUAAAACAAAGCACUUGCAGGUUUCUGAAUUGGUUCCAAGAAGAAGCAAAAUGAACUCUGGUAGAUUGCAACCCCCACACAAUACGCUGUUAUAUCUUCAAUAGAUGUUUUUGUGUUGAUUUUUUUUAUCCGGCAGAUAUGUUUUAGUGUGUGUAUGUGUCUUUGGAGGCUGUCAAAGUAACGCCAUGACGGCCAAAGAUGAUGAGAAAACUCUCUAUUCUUCUUCCCUUCCCUACAAAACUAUAGCUGUAUCUUUCUUUUCUUUUUUCAUUCUUUGUAAUACAAAAACAAACAAUGUUUAUUAAUUAAUUUAAACAAGAAGCAUUUAUAUGUACA